AUGGCUUUCCAGUUUAAGGAUGCAUUUUGGGGAAACAACUUCAUCAGCAGUGAGGGUUAUGAGACUAUUAUUCAGAGACUUAAUGAAGGCCGGCGGACAUGUAAAGACAUGGAGGAGCUCUUGAAACUGAGGGCAACCGCUGAAGAGAAAUAUGGGAAGGAACUGGUUUCCAUUACCAAAAAGGCCUGGGGGUUGGUGGAGAUUUGCACAUUGAGAGCAUCAUUUGAUGAAAUGAAAACACAAAUUGAAAAUGUAGGAAACUUGCACAUUCAGUUGUCUGGGCUCCUAAAGGAGGAAGUGAGGCGAAUGGAGGAGUUCAGAGAACGACAGAAAGAACAGAGAAAAAAAUUGGAAGUCAUCAUGGAGAAGGCCCACAAGACAAAAGUGUCCCUCCACAAGAAGACAGUCGAGUCUAAAAAGAUCUAUGAGCAACGCUGCAAAGAGGCGGAUGAGAUAGAGCAAAUGGCUGAAAGGCUGGGCAUCGCUCCCACAGCAACUCCCAAACAGAUCGAGAAGAUGAACAGCAAAUCUAAGCAGUGCAGGGAAGCUGCAGUCGAAGCUGAGAAGCAGUACAGGUCCAACAUUGAACAGCUGGACAUGAUUCGUCUGGAAUGGGAAAUGACACAUGUGGAAACAUGUGAGAUGUUUCAGCAGCAAGAAGACGACAGAAUCAACGUUUUAAGGAAUGCUUUGUGGGUGCACUGUAACCAUUUUUCCAUGCAGUGUGUAAAAGAUGACGAGUGUUAUGAAAAUGUACGAAAAAUGUUGGAAGACUGUGACAUCAUAGCAGACAACAACCACUUUGUGGAGACGAAAAGGACAAACUCAACCCCCCCAGCUCCAAUUAUUUACGAGGAUUACUAUGAAAAUAACGCUUCGGCAGAAAGAAAUGGCAGUGCUGGAUUUGUUGAAGGAGUUAAAAAGAGGUUUUCAAAUCUUCUGACAGGAACCUUUAGCUCCAGAGCGAACAUCAAUGAGCCAAUUUCACAAUGUGCUGGUACCGGAACACCCGACGGCGUUUAUGCUUUCAUUUCUGAACCUCAGACGCCACGGUCGAGCAGCGAGGAGUAUAAGGCUGUGUAUGACUACAAUGCACAGGGGAAUGACGAACUGUCGCUGUGUGUUGGCGAUGUUGUGAUGGUGUUGGAUAAAGGAGAGGACGGCUGGUGGAUGGUGAACAGAAAUGGCAAUUCCGGAUUAGUUCCCGGUUCCUUCCUUACUCAAGAAUAA